GUUGACGGAUCUAUUUGAAAUACACGUAAUCAAGUUAGCCUGCAGAUUGAAAGCUCAUGGCUAGCUGGCUAAAAGUUACGUUAGGUGCUUGCUAGUACUGUAGCUGAUGCUAGUUGACUAAUCGGCAUAGGACAUGUACAUCAUCAUGCUUUGUCGGUUUAGAGCCAUAACGACAUACAAAUGCCAGCACUAGUGAAAUGUUUUUCAAUUACUUGAACCUUGAGAUUGUAAUCAUGUUCUUUAUGCAAGUUAUAUUGUUGAUGGUUACAGAAUCUCCCUGCUAGCCAGGAAGAGUCAAUAGCUCUACUGCCAGUUCAACAUUGUCAUUGAUAUAUUGUAGCACUAGGCACCAUGCAGUCGUCCAGGGGGUGGUUUAGUUUUAUGGAUGACUCUGUUACAGAGACGUUGUCCCAAGCCCUCCAAGGUACAGGGGAACAGCCAGACCGGGAGCCAGACACAGAGAUUCUGUUUGGCAAUCUACGUGGGAGUGUGGUGGGGCUCCGGUAUUACACUGGUGUGGUGAACAAAAGGGAGAUGGUGUCUCUGGUUCGUCAGCCUCAAAACCCACACGACCGUAAUGCAGUAAUGGUGGCUAACGUCUAUGGCAGCCAGGUGGGGCACAUCAAACGGGAGCUAGCUGCUUCGUUGGCUAACAUUAUGGACAACAACUUAGCCAGGAUCGACGGGGUGGUGCCAUUCGGAGCGACCAAUGUAUUCACCAUGCCCGUGGUGUUGUCCUUCUGGGGGACAGAGGAAAACAGACAUGCAGUGGUCCAGCAGCUUUCUUCACAUGGCUUCAAACUGCAAACUGGCUCUUCAGUUGUUAAAGGGGUCUCAGAUGGUCAAGCUCCACCGAGGAAGACUGUCCCACUGACUGCAGAAGAGUUGAAGAACGCGUUUGACAGUUUGUUUGAAGAUCUGAUGGAAGAUAAGAAUGGCGAGAGAGAGGCAGUGAAGGCAGUGUGUACUCCUCUGCUACCCCACCAGAAGCAGGCUCUGAGUUGGAUGUGUGUGUGUGAGAACAGCGUUGCCCUGCCCCCAUUCUGGGAGGAUAAGGGGGGGCUGUUCUAUAACACACUGACAUACUCCUCUGUUAGAGAGAGACCGCAGAGGGUCCGUGGGGGCAUACUGGCUGACGACAUGGGACUGGGGAAAACAUUAACCACCAUUGCUCUGAUACUUUCCAACUUCCACAACGGAAAACCUCUGCCUCUGGAGAAGUGUGCGCCUCGGCGUACCUGUUCUCCUGAGACAAAGACCUCUGCUACUCCAAGGAAACACUCACUCCCUGGAGGGAUGAAGGGAGAGGGGGAUGAGGAAUUGGUGGCUUCUGCUGGUCCCUCCCCUUGUAAAAGAGCAGGUGGGCCUAGAUCCCAGGUGGAGGAUGGGGAUUGGCUGCCUGAAAAGAAAGGGAGGGGAAAGAAAGCGGGAAGCAAAGGAAAGACCACCAGGACAGAGAAAGGGGCUGCUAUGUUGGAGGAAGACACAGGCUUCGCGGCAGCGCUAACUGGGCCACCGCGGGGAGGUCCUGAGAAGAAGAGGACCGGCAAAAGGGCAGGGUCUGAGGUCGGAGCAGCCAUAGCGGCCCCCUCCCCGAGUCCCGACGACACGGCGGCCACCACCACUCUCAUUAUCUGCCCAUUGUCCGUGCUCAGCAACUGGCUGGACCAAUUGGAGCAGCAUGUGCGACCCGACGUGAGGCUGAAUGUUUAUCUGUACUACGGCCCGGAACGCAACAGGGACCCGCGCUUCCUGUCCACACAGCACGUGGUCCUCACUACAUACAACGUGAUGACUGCUGAUUACUCGUCUCAGGGCAGUGGGGGUCUUCCUCACUUUUGUCUCUCUGUUUGCCAGUCUCAGGGCAGUGGGGGUCUUCCUCACUUUUGUCUCUCUGUUUGCCAGUCUCAGGGCAGUGGGGGUCUUCUUCACUUUUGUCUCUCUGUUUGCCAGUCUCAGGGCAGUGGGGGUCUUCCUCACUUUUGUCUCUCUGUUUGCCAGUCUCAGGGCAGUGGGGGUCUUCUUCACUUUUGUCUCUCUGUUUGCCAGUCUCAGGGCAGUGGGGGUCUUCUUCACUUUUGUCUCUCUGUUUGCCAGUCUCAGGGCAGUGGGGGUCUUCUUCACUUUUGUCUCUCUGUUUGCCAGUCUCAGGGCAGUGGGGGUCUUCCUCACUUUUGUCUCUCUGUUUGCCAGUCUCAGGGCAGUGGGGGUCUUCUUCACUUUUGUCUCUCUGUUUGCCAGUCUCAGGGCAGUGGGGGUCUUCUUCACUUUUGUCUCUCUGUUUGCCAGUCUCAGGGCAGUGGGGGUCUUCUUCACUUUUGUCUCUCUGUUUGCCAGUCUCAGGGCAGUGGGGGUCUUCUUCACUGUUGUCUCUCUGUUUGCCAGUCUCAGGGCAGUGGGGGUCCUCUUCACUCAGUGACCUGGCUCAGAGUAGUCCUGGACGAGGGCCACGUGAUCAGAAACCCCAAUGCCCAGCAGAGUAAGGCCGUGCUCGAUCUCAACGCACACAGACGCUGGAUUCUCUCAGGCACUCCCAUCCAGAACAGCCUGAAAGAUCUAUGGAUGCUGGUGGCGUUCUUGCGCCUGAAGCCGUUCGACGUGAGAGAGUGGUGGAACAGAGUCAUUCAGAGACCGGUCACCGUGGGAGACAAGACUGGCCUAGGUAACCUCCAGGCUCUGGUGAGGUGUAUCACCCUGCGUCGGACCAAGACCAGCCGUGUGGGAGGACGGCCUCUGGUCUCUCUUCCCAAGAGGAGCUUCAAUAUAGAGGAGGUGGAGCUGACCACGAGAGAGAGGGAGGAGUACGAGCUGGCACGAACAGAGGGACGUGCCACCAUCAGCAGGUAUGUUGAGGAGGGCAGCGUCCUCAGGAACUACGCUGACGUUCUGGCCAUCCUGGUCAGACUGAGACAGUUCUGCUGCCAUCCGGACCUGCUGGGUAGCACCCUUUCACAAACAGGAGUGGUAACCGCGACUCCCGCUGAGCUGAGGGAGCGUCUGAUUGAGAGGCUGAGACUGGUGCUGGGCAGCGGUUCUGAUGAGGAGUGCCCCGUGUGUCUGAGCUCGGUCCGUCUGGCGGUCAUCACCCACUGUGCACACGUCUACUGCCGGCCGUGCAUCGCUGAGGUCCUACGCACGGAGCAGGAGCCGGCGCGGUGCCCCCUUUGCAGAGGCCCGAUCAAGGCCAGUGAGCUGGUGGAGUUCCCUCAGGAGGUGGAAGAGGAGGCCGGGGGCUACCCUUCAGAGAACUGGAGGAGCAGCUCUAAGGUAGAUGCUUUAAUGUCCAGCUUGCUCAGACUGCGCUGUGAGGACAGCAGCAUUAAAAGCCUGGUUGUCUCUCAGUUCACACGCUUCCUCAGUCUACUGGAGGUCCCACUCAGGGAGGAGGGUUUUAGGUUUGUGCGUCUGGAUGGUACUAUGAGUCAGAGGAGGAGGGCUCAGGUCAUCCAGGAGUUUCAGAGCCACUCCCCUGGCAGUCCAUUAGUCAUGCUGCUGUCACUCAAAGCUGGAGGGGUGGGGCUAAACCUAACAGCUGCCUCACACGUUUUCCUCAUGGACCCAGCCUGGAAUCCAGCAGUAGAGGACCAGUGUGUGGACCGCUGUCACCGCCUUGGCCAGACGAGAGACGUUGUCAUCACUAAGUUCAUAGUGAAGGACUCUGUGGAGGAGAACAUGGUGAAGAUUCAGAGGCAGAAGCAGGAUCUGGUGGAGAAGGCGUUUGGAACCAAUCCCAGCAAGAGGAAGACCUCUCGGAUAGAGGAGAUCCAAGCACUUAUGGAGCUAUAGACACUGGCACAAAAAGACACUUUGAAAGAGCUCGAUGUGACAGUUAUGUUGUUAUCUUUUACGUUUUAUGGGAAAUGUUCCCUCUGUUCUGGGAUCAUAAACACAUGCCCAUCUUUUAGCGGGGACCAAUGAUUUUGUGUGAGUUAACUUUCUAUGAUACACCAGAAUAUAUUGGUUUUCUAAAAAAAUUAUCAUCUAAGUCAAUAAUUCUGUCUUGAAUGAAGAAUUAAUGUAUAAUAAAAUGACUUAAAAUGGAAUGUGCAGACCUACAGAAUAUUCAACAGUAUAUUCAGAUAGCAAGAUAGGUGGUAUCGAACAUUCAAAAAAUCGAUACAAGGAAAUGGAAUAAAUUUUCUUUUCAGC